AUGAAAUAUGAUCUCAGCUCACCACCUGUUGUAGCUGACAUAGUGACCAAGCUGGAGGGAGCACAUGAAGUGACCGCAGUCAUCAGAGAUGAGUCCCCCUGCAGGUGGGAAACUGACCAUCUGGUGAUGUGCUGCAGCCAGGACAACCAGGAGCUCAGUGCUCUGAAGUCAGCGGAGAUGGUAGAGGUUUUGCCAGUUGCUACUGUGGAGUCCUUCUGCUUUCGAGGCAUCAUCAUCGUCAAGGACCUCAUGAGGUGGAAGAACAUAAAUAUGGACAAUCUGUACAACAAGUCAUCUGUUUUAACGCUAAAUCGCUUUAAUGUGCCCCCUGAAGCUGUCUUUCCUGCAUUUCUUUUUGCUACUCUGAGUUACAUGAUCAUACUUUUCUGCAACCUUAUUCUAAUUCUCACCAUUGCACUGAACAAAUCCCUUCACCAGCCCAUGUAUCUAAUUCUGCUGAACCUUCCUGUCAAUGACCUUGUAGGCUCCUCAGCAGUCUUCAUGCAGGUCAUCAAAGAAAUACUGACAAACAGCAAGACAAUGCAAUACUCAGCUUGUGUAGCCCAAGCUUUUUUCAUCCACAUCUAUGCAGGAGGUGCGGUGUUUAUUCUGACCGCCAUGGCAUAUGACAGGUACAUUGCCAUAUGCUGUCCUUUGAAAUACAACACAGUCAUGACUAAUGCUCACGUCAUGAGUAUAAUCACAGCUCUGUGGAUGAGUAAUGUAGCUUUAACAGGUGUGCUUUUUUUCCUGCUCUUGCGCUUACCCCGCUGUCGAUCUGAACUUGCACACCCCUACUGUGAUAAUCCGUCUUUACUGUCUCUGGUCUGUGCCGACACAACCAUCAAUAACAUUUAUGGGCUUUUGUCAGUGGGUCUUACACAAGUGAUAGCUAAUGGGAUGAUUUUGUAUACGUAUCUCCAGAUCCUUGUUGCAUGCUUUAGAUCCAAACAGUCAGACACAAAAGCCAAAGCUCUGCAGACUUGUGCUACACAUCUGAGUGUUUUUCUACUGUUGGAGUGUCUUGGUCUUUUCACCAUCAUAUCAUACAGAAUAAGAAACAUUUCACCACAUCUUAGACAAUUCAUGGGAAUGUCAACAUUGAUUUUCCCCCCAACACUGAAUCCAAUCAUUUAUGGGCUGAAAACGAAAGAAAUUCGACUUCCAAUGAGGGUCUGGAGUCUGGUUGAAGGUAUUUUUGACCAUUCU